AUGGGGAACUCGGCCCAACAAUGUGCUCCAAGUGAAGAUGUUAACUCGUUCUACAACCCGCCGAUAAUUAUUAUCACAUUCAUCCUAGGGUUUGCUGGAAAUGCAAUUGCUUUGUGGACCUUCUGUUUUCAUGUAAAAUCCCGGAGACCAAACAUUGUGUAUUCAGUGAAUCUCAUGAUUGCAGAUGUUAUGCUAACGUGUUGUCUACCCUUUCGAGCUGCUUAUUUUCUCCGUGGAAAGGACUGGAUAUUUGGUGAUGUUCUGUGUCGACUGAACACAUUCAUGAUAUCCCUAAACCGGGCUGGCAGCAUCUUUUUCCUUAUGGUUAUAGCAAUUGAUCGUUAUUUCAAGGUGGUCCAUCCACUCCACAAAGUAAACAAGAUAUCUACAAGGUGUGCGGUGAAGAUAGCAGGUGGUGUGUGGGUUGUAGCGGUGGCUAUUUGUUUGCACUUGUUGAUAGAAAAGCAUAACUUCAAGCAAGACGACGUGAUGUACUGUGAGCCUUUCAACAUAAACAACUCUCUAACUCCGACAGCAAUUUGGACUGACACCAUUUUUAUAUUCUUUAAGUUUCUUUUACCAGUUUCGGUUAUUCUGUUCUCUACCUCCUGUGUCAUCUGGAAGUUAAGACAGUUGGAAACUGGACUUAGGAGUAAGUAUAAACGAGCAGUGAAGCUUGUGAUCGCUGUGGCAGCAGUCUUUGUCAUUUGCUUCUUGCCCACCAAUAUUGCUGUAGUCGCGGUUUUAGUCACAAAGCUAAGAAGUCCAUUUGACUGCAAGUCAUAUAACACAGCAGUUAAUAUAUUUUAUAAUACAUUGUUUGUAACAUACCUGAACAGUGUGGUCGAUCCACUUAUUUAUUAUUUUUCAAAUUCAGCAUUUAAUGAUGCUUUGAAGAAAGCUCUUUGCUGUGAUAAUUUAAGCUCUUGCAGAUCAGCCAAAAAUCAAGAAGUUGAACAAGGGGAAUCCAAAGUGAACCAGACUCUGGAGCAACAAAUGAGCUCUGUAACACCCUUAUGA